AAAGGCUCUCGAGAGCUCAAACAGAUCGGACGUAUCCUCUGUGUGCACCACGAUCCUUCUGCCGUGGGAAAUGUGAUUGCGAUCUCUUACAUUUUCAUUUAGUUUUUUUUCGAUUAAUUUUGGAAAAUUCUUUUCUGUGAUUUUUUUUGCGGUGAAAAUUUGUGCGCGAGUGUUGAAGAGGAAGAAGAUAAAAAAUGUUUCUGGACAAUUCGAGUGGAGGAAAAGAUCAAAGGACGAGGGAUUUUGCAAUGAAUUCCACAUGGAACAUUCCAAGCUCACAAGUAACAGUUCUAACACCAACAUCACCUGGAAAUCACGGUACCUUCUUCAUUCCACCUCCAUUCCAACCCUUCUCUACAUCCACAUCACCUUUCCAACAUUGUGAGAUUUCCCCCGUGGUUAGUGAUUACGUGUCAGGAGGUGGGACAGCUUUGAGCACAGAUUACGGGCAUUUGGCGGAAACCCCGUGUUCCAUUGCUUCUUCAGCAGAUCCCCUCAAGAAGCCCCUUUUGGGUUCAAAUGCCACCGACAAGAAUGAGAUGAUCUUCAAGUUUGAACCAGAGGAUAUUGCAAAGUACAAUCAGAGUCUUGGAACGGAUGGGACGAAUGUGAUCAUUUCGCCGAGGAAUGAUUUUGAUUACUACAAUUAUGAUGAGAUUAAUUGCCAAUCGAAGAAUCAAUCACCCUGCUCAUCCCCGAUCAUUGAUCCUUGGGUGGGGGUGGGCGUGGGGGUUAAUGAUCCCCUUCCACCGAUUGAGACGAUCGUGAAGAAUCAAUAUCGUCAGGAGCCACCGAUUUCUCUCUGCAUUGAUGAUUACUUUGAUACAUCCUUCCUGGAUCAGUACCCAUCGCCACAGGAUUCCUACAGCUACCCACCGGAGAAUUUUAACAUCAACAUUGAGCCUGAGAAGCCCAAAAGGAUGGAAAAGGACAUCUGGGGUGAUAAUGGGGAGAAGGAAACAGCUGAGGAAGCUCCGGUGCUGCAGGAGGAUGAAUGCGAGGAGAAAUGCGGUGAAAAUGAAAGCCUUGAAUGCCGCUGGAUUGACUGCAAUCAGCAAUUUGGGGAUCAAUGUGCUCUUGUGUCUCACAUUGAGAAGCGCCAUGUGGAAUUGCGUCGAGGUGAGGAGUUCUCGUGCUUCUGGAUCGGAUGUCCAAGACGCUCAAAGCCCUUCAAUGCACGCUACAAGCUCCUCAUUCACAUGCGUGUGCACAGUGGCGAGAAGCCCAAUAAGUGUCCGUUUUCUGGGUGCAAUAAAGCCUUCUCGCGGUUGGAAAAUUUGAAAAUUCAUCAGAGAUCUCAUACCGGUGAAAGGCCCUACAAUUGCCAGUUUCAGGGAUGCCACAAAGCAUUCAGCAAUAGUUCUGACCGAGCAAAGCACCAAAGGACUCACUACGACACUAAACCCUAUGCAUGCCAAAUUGAGGGAUGCAGCAAGAGAUACACAGACCCAUCGAGUUUACGGAAGCACGUCAAGAAUCACUCCCUUCGUGAUCAUGUCCCAAUGAAGCGCAAAUCCCACAAAAGUUCCCACACAAAGACAACCACAAAGACACGGAGGCGCCACUCAGAGUCCUCCCUGUACGUCGUUGAACCUGAGACCCCAUCAACGCUCACCGUUCAGGAUGAUAAUUUUGUCUUUGAGGAUGUCUUCAGUGACAUCAUUGAGGAGAAGGAAGUGCCUUCAUCGAUGGAUUUCAAUGAACUCUCGAGUUGCAUUUCAAAAAUUCAGACUGAAUCCACAGCAAGAUCUCAAGAUGUUGUCAAUAUCCUCGAGAAUGAGGCCUACGACGAAGAAUUCGUAUCAUUUGAGUACGUUAAGAAGCUCCUCGGGGAUCCCAUUGACUACGAUCUCACAAUCCCCGGAAACUCCUCCCUUGGGCUAGAUUAUUUUGCAGAAAUUAUGUAGAAAUAUCAUUUAAUUCUUAAGUUUCUCAUUUUUUUUAUUAUUUUAGAUUUAAUAAUUGUGCAAUUAUUCCAAAGAUGACAAAAAUCUUUUUUAUUAGUAAAUAAAGGAAAAACAAUUUAGAGAAUGAAGAAAAAGAAUAAAA